AUGCUUCUCAAACUACUCGUUCUCCUUGCGCCUGCAAUAUUUGCAGAAGAUCUCACCCAGAGACAGUUGAAGCCGGUGAAAGGUGUACCACAUUCUCGUCUCCAUCUCUACCAAAUCUCCACAACCGACACGUUCCGAUGCCUCGACGGAUCCCAAACCAUCCUUUUCUCUCAACUAAACGAUGACUAUUGCGAUUGUAAAGACGGAAGCGAUGAACCGGGAACCUCCGCCUGUGGAAACGCUUUCUUCUAUUGCUCCAACGUCGGUCACAAGGGAAAUUUCAUUCCGACGAACAGAGUGAACGAUAAACUCUGCGAUUGUUGUGAUGGAAGUGACGAGUAUGAUUCUGGAGUGAAUUGCCCGAAUAUUUGUGAUGAAUUGGGUAGAGCCGCCCGGAUUGAGAGGGAAAAAGUGGCGAAUGUGGCGAGAAAAGGGUUCCAAAAGCGGCAGGAACUCGCGAAAGAAGGUCAAGCUCUUCGAGAUUCAAAACUGAAAGAUGUGGAGCCGUUGAGACAAGAAAGAGGGGCGUUGGAACCGGAUAGAGCUAGACUUGAGGGAGAGAAGAAUGCGGCGGAGGAGGUUGAGAAGAAGUUGCAGGAUGAGCAUCGUAAUCAGUGGGAAGCGAUUCGAAAUGAGAAGAAGAAAUUGAGAGCGGCUGAUUGGUUUGAUGAGUUGGAUUUGGAUAAGAAUGGGAAGAUUGAUCGGGAAGAGUUGAGACAGAACUCGUUUUUGGAUGAUGAUCAUGAUGGAUUUGUUAAUGAGGAUGAGGUUAAAGCUUAUUUGAAUGUUGACGAAGCGGAUCUUGAACACUUCCAAUCCCUCAUGUACGAUCGUCUGAAAUCCGCCCGUCAUCAGCAUCGUGAGGAGGCUCGUUUCAAGGAAGAAGAGGAGAAAGAGCGUGCGAAGGCCCUCGAAAACGCUCCAGAUGACGAUGAUCUUCUAGCUGAAGAGGAUCGUCACGAUGGAGAAGAAUCUGAUUCAGAGUCCGUGACGUCUCCAGAAUCCGAGGAUGAAGACAAGAUGCCAGAAUACCCGGCGGAAGUACAACAAGCGUCUGAGAAGGCACGUGAAGCACGUCGUCUAUUCGAUGAAGUAAACAUGAAGGUGCAGGAUUUGGAUUCUAAGAUUCGUGACGCCGAGAAUUUUGCGAAUUUCGACUAUGGAGAGGAUUCGUCAUGGGCGGCGCUUAAAGACAAGUGCUUCGACCGAAAUGUUCAACAAUACACGUAUCAAUUCUGUCCAUUUGGUCAGAAUACUCAAAAAGAUACGGGAGCGUAUAGUGGAACGUCGUUGGGAAGUUUCAAGGAAUGGAGUGGUGGCGAGGGAAUGAAAAAGUACUCGAAAAUGCACUUUGGAGAUGGACAACAGUGUUGGAAUGGACCAAAACGGAGUACUGAUAUCACAAUCGAGUGUGGUGAGGAGAGCGAACUGGUCGAAGUCACCGAACCCGCCAAAUGUGAAUACCACUUCACUUUCCGUACUCCACUGGCAUGCUCUGAUCCGGAUGUGGAGAUCGUUCACGAGGAACUCUAA